UGUCCUAUGAAUGAAAAUAAAAUCGAAAAAUUAAUGUUCCUAAUCAAACUUUGUUAUGAUUACAUUCAAGUCAAGUAACUAACUUGUUUUGUAAUGUUAUUUAACAAACCAGCCUUCUUAUACAGUCUCCAACACGCUUUUUAGGCCGUUAUUUCAUAUCAUUCCAAUGAUAAAUUUACGUAAAUAGCCAAUAUGCUUCCCGGAAUAGGUGUAUUUGGAACAGGAUCAGUUGCUAAAGUACUGGUCCCAUUCUUGAGGGAAAAAGGAUUUUCAGUGGAAGCCAUAUGGGGCACAACACUGCAAGAAGCCGAAGCAACUGCGAAGGAGCUAAAGAUACCGUUUUUUACUAAUAAAAUUGAUGACGUUUUGUUAAAGAAAAAUGUCAACUUAGUUUUUAUAGUUUGUGCGCCAAAUCUUCAUGCUCAGAUCUCAGUGAAGGCUCUUGGUAUUGGUAAGCAUGUUGUGUGUGACAAGCCUGCAGGGCUGUGCCAAGCGGAAGCUCUUAAAAUGGUGCGAGCUGCACAAUAUUAUCCAACACUUAUUUCAAUAAUAAACCAUUCAUUACGAUUCUUACCGGCCUUCAGCUAUAUGAGAAAGUCUAUUGUAGAUGGUUACUUGGGCAAUCCUGAAGAGUUAACCUUAAUUGAUGUCCGUGUUCAAAUGGGCUCUUUACUUGGUAACACUUACAACUGGUUAUGUGAUGACACAAUGGGUGGAGGAACAUUGACACUUGUUGGAAGUCAUGUCAUUGAUCUGGUGACAUUUUUAACAGGACAGAAAGUUGUGAAAGUACAUGGUGUCCUAAGGACAUUUGUAGAAGAGACUGAUAAAGUUAAUGGUAUAAGAAAGAUCACAGCUCCAGAUUUUUGUACAUUUCAGUUGCAAAUGGAUAAAGGAUUGUUAGUGACAGCAACAUUAAACAAUCAUUUACCUGGCCCAUGCUUUAACCAAGAAAUAUAUGUUUGCAGUAAAAAGGGUUAUUUAGUUGUAAGAGGUGGAGAUUUACAUGGGAAACUACAUAAAGUUAGUAAGAAUAUUCCAGAAGAAGAAAAUAAGAGGGCACAUGACAAAGAAGAUGUGAUAUAUGUUGAUGUUGAAGAUUUGAGUUGUACAUCCAGUAUUAUUCCUAAACCAUACAUAAAAGGUUUGUGUAAAAUGAUUAGUGCUCUUAAAGAGGCAUUUCUCCCUGUGAAGGAGCAAAUGGAUUGGAUUAAAGAGCCAGUCAGAGCAGCAGCUACAUUUGAAGAUGGUCAGAGAGUGCAAGCCACUAUGGAAGCAUUAAGAAAAUCAAGUGAGGAUGGUUGUUGGACCACAGUGCAACUUCUGACGGAACCACCGGAUCCUAAUCCUGCAUUAUCCGCAGCUGUCCGACGCACAGCUAUAUCUUUGCAGUAAAUUUGCACAAAUUAUAAGUUGAGCAAAAAUUGAAAUAAACUUCACUUACAGCACCUAAAUUGCAUUUCCUGGUUAUGAUUUUGUGGCUUAUGUAUUUUACAUUUUUU